AUGGAAGAGCUCAACAAGGAUCAGAUUAUCAUCCUGAAAAAGGCAUUUGAAGCCUUCGACCACGAGAAGAAAGGAUGUAUUGGUACAGUCAUGGUUGGAACAAUCCUGGGAAUGUUGGGAAUGUCCGUUACAGAUGACAUGCUCAAAGACAUCAUUGAUGAAGUUGAUGUUGAUGGAUCGGGUGAGCUGGAGUUUGAGGAGUUCGUAACCCUGGCUUCCAGGUUUAUGGUUGAGGAAGACGCAGAAGCAAUGCAACAAGAACUUAAAGAAGCAUUCCGGUUAUACGACAAAGAAGGAAACGGCUACAUCACCACUGCAGUCCUAAGAGAGAUUCUUCGGGAGCUUGAUGAUAAGAUAAGCGCCGAAGAGUUGGAUAUGAUGAUUGAAGAAAUUGACUCGGAUGGUUCAGGCACCGUUGAUUUUGAUGAGUUUAUGGAGGUGAUGACGGGUGGUGAUGAUGAAAGAUAA